AUGGAAAUACCAACUAAUUCAACUAUCAAUAAUGAUACUAAUGAUGAAUAUUUCAUUCCACUUGAACCUAAUCAUGCUCUAGCACUAACGAUGAAUUUUCCUCAAUUUCCUGAAGUAAAUCAUUCGAAAACUUCAGAAAUUCAAGCAGACUUUGAUUAUGAUUGUUCGGAUUGUGUGGCUGAUCUGUUUGGUCCUAUAAUGGCUCCUUAUGCAGCUUUACAACAACAGACUGAUGAUUAUCGUCGUCGUUUAGAACAUAUUGCUUAUCGACGUUAUAUAGCUAUGAAAUCGCAUUUAUUAAAUUCAUUUGAAAAAGAUUUUAAACAAAAAUGGAAACGUACAUUUAAACAUCCAUUUAAAUACGAUAUUAAAGCUAUUAUUGGUUUUAGUCUUCUAUGUUUUUCAAUAUACUUGAUCCUUGUUAGUGAUCACCGACAACCUAUGUUAACAUUUAUUCGUACAUUUAGUAAAUUUUAUAGAACAUUCUUUUUUCAAGGAAUUAUUGGUUAUAUAAUAUUCUACAGUAUGCUAUUAAUUAUUGCAGCAUUAUGUUCAUCAUUAGGAGCAUUUACUUGUUCAUUUUUGUUGACUCUAGUUGGUAUAUUGAAUAUUCUUAUAGCUUUUGCAUUAUCUAUUGUAUUACCAAUUAUAUUAUAUAUAAACAGACAAUCAUUAAUAGAUAAAUUAGAAAAAUAUAUGCAAAUUUCUAUUAAAGAUUUUGAUGAUAUAACAGAUAAUCCUAUAACAUUAUUUUGGAAUGAAUUACAAGAAAAAUAUUCAUGCUGUGGAUUAAAUAAUUCAAUUACAGAUUAUCGGAACAGCUAUUUUCAUAACUUGUCUGGACGUGAUGUACCACAAUCAUGUUGUCGAGCUAAUAUUCUUUGUUCAAUGAGUCCAACUAAAACAAAUUCAUAUAUAGAUAUUUCAUGUAUUCCACAAGUCAAACAUUUCAUUGAUUCAACAAUGAAAAUAACUACUAUUGGAGAUAUUGUUCUCAUUAUUCUUCUUUCUAUUGCUUUAAUUAGUAUUGGACUUUUUUUCAUUCAUAUUAAAUCUGCAAAACAAACAUUAAAUGAACAUAAUGAAUUUAUUAUUAAGUCAAUGUUAUCAACACUUGAACAAUAUGAAAAAGAACUUGGUGGUGUUAAAAAUCUUCCAUCCGAUGAAACAAAUUUUCAUGAUAAACAACGUAUUCAAGGCAUUUUACCAAUUACUCCAACUGUUGUUCGUGUAAAAAGUCCUCGAAUUAUAAAUUAUCUUGCAAUUGGAAUUUUAACAGAAUCAAAGAUUUAUCUUGCAAAAAUUAAAGAAUUUGAUUAUACACAUGAUGAUCUUCAUUUAAUUUAUCGUCAUCAUGAUCCUGUUUAUCCAUUACAAACUUUUGCACCAAAUAAUAUUAUACAUAGACUGUAUAUCUGUUCACCAAGUACUAUUUAUACCCUUGAUUUACAAGUUGGAUCACAUAUUGUACCAUUUUUACCUGUUGAUGAUACACCAUGUCGAGCGAAUUUAGUAUAUUUAUCAGGUCAAACAACACUUCUUUGGACAUUACGUCAUACAGUAAUGUUAUUUGAUUUUAAUGAAAUGUUUAAAGAACGUCUUUGGAAUUCAACAUCUCCGAUUUUAAAUAUGAUAUAUAAUGAUACAGAUAUUGAUAAUAAUGCAAUGAAUUUUUAUUUAAGUGUUUCAGUUGCAGAUCAACAAUCAGUUGUAGUACAUUGUCGUACUGAUCGUCGUUCUCGUAUAGUUCCAUUUCAAUCUUGUCUUUUUAUUGAUAGUGGUUAUCAUGAAGUAUCAACAUUAGCUUAUGAUGAAAAUCGUUUGUAUGUAGCUGAUCGUAUUGCACAAAAAAUCUAUGUACUAGCAUUAUUACCUAGUGGUUUUGUUUUAUCAAAGAAUAUUUUACCAUUGAAUACAAGUAUAGUAGCUGAUAUUCAAUCUAUGUUUGUUUAUGAUUAUAAUCUUGUAUGGUUAACAACAAGUGGUCAUGUACGAAUUGUUUCAUUGAUAACUUAUGAAGUACGAACUAUUUUUUGGUUUGAUGAAGAAUUGAAAGCAAUUCAUCUUGUAUCGUUUGGUCAAUGGCCAAAUCGAACAACAACUUCGACUACAACUACAACCACAACAAUAACAACAACAAUAACAACGACAACGACAACAACUACACAAUCAACAACAACAUAUUCAAUAUCAACAGAAAAAUCUACUAUUAUAACAACAUCACCUAGUGAACAUAUUGAUACAAGCACAAUCGAUAACGUUCAUAGUCCUUGGAAAGCAACAACUUUUGUAACAUCUAUUAUUUUAGGUAUUGCACUAUUCCUUUGCGCAGCUAUGGUCACAUGUGUUCUACUCAAUUAUCGCUUGGGACGAGUUGUUCCAAGUAGUUUCACUAAUGUAUUACAUUUUCUACGUAAUCGUACACAAACAGCAUCAACAGCAGCAGCAGUAGGACCAUCAUUUUUCGAAGAAUCACUUACAUAA